CUCCCCCCGGGGGAAAAUAUUCUUCCCUCCCACACGCGCAGUGCGAAAAAAUCGCCCACGGGCUUGCCUUGCCUUGCGUCGCAUCGCAUCGCAUCGCGCCGCACACACACCGGCUUGGAGUAUCCAGCAGGCAGCAGCGCUCCAGCCUUCCCCUCCCCCACCCAGCAGCCGGGGCCGGUGAGUUACAGCGACUGCGGUGAGGCGACCGUUGCGGUGUCGUGCAUUAAACUACCCUGUCCCCCCCUCGCCCCCGCUCCACGCCGCGGCGCAGUGAACGCCGGCAGCAAUCGCACCCGCACGGCGUCCGGUGGGCUGGGUUGAGCUGAGCUGAGCCGGCCGCGCGCGCGGGGGCGAUCGCGUCGCCUCCGGCCUCCAGGAGCUUGAUCUGAUCGGCCGGCCUUCUGCGCGACGGUGUAUCUCCACCUUUUUUUUUAAUAUAAUUUCCCGGUCCCUCACGUCGGAUUUGACUGAAGGCCCAAGCAGAUUCGGUCAAAAGUCAGGCCGAGGUAAGGGGAAUUUUUCUGGUUUGGUUUGGAUCCGAAAGGCUUUUGCAUUGGCUACGACAACUGGUGGAAAGCGGUUGGGUUGGUCAUUAAAUCGCCGCUGCUAAAGUUUCUGCUCCCUGAGCUCAGUUGGAUCGGAGAGUUUUAGUAUAGUGUGCCCAUCCUAAAACAGGUCGGUUCUGCCGUGAAUUGGCUUGUGCUGUUUCAUCCCAAUUAUAUCAAAAAGUUCGAUUUUGGAGGCUACAAGAGAGUAAUAGCAAGGACGCUCGGUCAGCUCGUUCUUUUUGUUGUCCACCUGUUCGGCGAGUGCUUGAGGAAGAAGACGACCUGCUCAGCUCGUUCUUCCGUUGUUGAUCGAAUCAAAGACUAGGAAAAUGGGGGUAAUGUCACGGCGGGUUCUGCCUGCCUGCAGCAGCCUUUGCUACUUCUGCCCUUCUCUGCGGGCACGCUCACGGCAGCCUGUCAAGCGGUACAAGAAGAUCAUAGCAGAUAUCUACCAGCUGCCAUCGGAUGGAGAGCCAAAUGAUAGAAGGAUUGGGAAACUCUGUGAUUAUGUCUCGAGAAAUCCAACACGCAUACCAAAGAUCACAGAGUAUCUUGAGCAGAGAUUCUAUAAAGAUCUGAGGCACGAGAAUUUUACGUUGGCCAAAGUUGUGCCAUGCAUCUAUAGGAAACUUCUCUGUUCAUGCAAGGAGCUCACGCCAUUGCUAGCCACAAGCUCAUUAAGCACCAUUCGCACUCUUCUUGAUAUGAAAGCGCAUGAUGAUCUACAGAUUCUGGGUUGUCUUAUGCUUGUUGACUUCCUCAAUGGCCAGGUUGACAGCACACAUAUGUUUCAUUUGGAAGGUCUCAUACCCAAACUUUGCAACAUUGGUCAACAAUUAAGGGAAGAUGAUGAAGGGCUCCGUCUUCGGUCUGCAGCUCUUCAGGCUCUUGCUUCUAUGGUCCAAUACAUGGGUGACCACUCACACAUUUCAAUGGAACUUGAUGAAGUUGUCUCAGUGAUCAUAAGCUGUUAUGAGGCUAAUCAAACACUCUCAAUAAAAGAGGUAGUCAGAUUUCAAGAUGAUGAUGAUUUGGUCAUUAAUGGGAACUUGGCUGUGUUACCAGUGUCUGGACAAAAUAGUGCCAAAGUGGCAUCUGAUACAAUCAGGUCUGCAUCUGAAAAUCCAGCACACUGGGCAAGGGUUUGCUUGCGAAAUAUGGCUAAUAUUGCAAAGGAGGCCACAACUGUGCGGCGUAUUCUUGAUCCUCUUUUCCGCCUUUUUGACAGCCACGACUAUUGGUCUUCUGAAAGUGGGAUUGCCCUCUCUGUUCUGCAAGAAAUGCAGAAGCUGAUGGACAAAUCAGGGCAGCAUGGUCAUUUGUUGUUAUCUUUCACUAUAAAGCAUAUAGACCAUAAAAGUAUUGCCAAGAAUUCUGUAAAGCAAAUCAAUAUUGUAAAAGUUGCUUCACAUCUUGCAAGGCAUGCAAAGUUGAAGGCAUCAGUGACAAUAGCAAGUGCAAUUAGUGACUUAAUAAAGCACUUGCGCAAAUGUAUGCAUUUUGCUAUUGAAGCAUCUAAUGCACAUGCUGAUGAUGACAAGUGGUACAGUGAUCUUUAUGUGGCCUUGGAGGAGUGCCUAGUGCAGUUGACAGAAAAGGUUGGGGAUGUUGGUCCUAUUCUUGACAUGGUUGGGGUAAUGCUUGAGAAUCUCUCUCAUACUACCAUCGCAAGAACAACAAUUUCAUCUGUUUAUCGCACAUCGCAAAUAGCAGCGUCUGUCUACAAGUCAUCAUACCAUCAGAAGGCAUUUCCUGAAGCUUUAUUUCACCAGCUUCUCUUAGCAAUGUUGCACCCAGACAAUAAGACAAGGAUUGGUUCACAUCGUGUUCUAUCCACCAUUGUAGCACCUUCAUUGCUGUGUCCAUGGUCGGCCAUGAGCUUUCCUAUCCCAAUGAAGGGUGAUGAUUCGCAGAACUUGCAUUUGUUGGUUCUCUCAGCUUUCUCUUCCGAAGCCAUAAUCAAUGAAGCACGGACCAAAAACAAGAUCCAAGCAUCCUUGCAGGAAAACAACAAAUCAGAAGCUAUAGUUGAUGCUGAGAAUGGAUACGCACAGACAGAACCAGAUAAAAGGAAGUACCCAGGGAGCCCAUAUCUGAAUGAGCAUGAUCGUACAACAUUUAACGAUGAAAACUUAAAGUUCAUGAAGUUGAAUAACCACCAGAUUGUUCUCCUUCUUUCAUCUAUUUGGAGUCAAGCAUCUCUGGAUGAUAACUCACCUGCAAAUUUUGAAGCAAUGGCCCUUGCAUACAGCAUUGCUUUAUUAUGUUCAAAAUCAAAAAGCUCCAGUCAUGUGGCACUAGUUCACUGUUUCCAGUUGGCGUUCUCUCUCAGGAGAAAGUCUCUUAGCCAUGAAAGUGAUUUGCAGCCAUCUCGUAGAAGAUGUCUGUAUACGAUGGCAUCAGCAAUGCUCAUCUUUUCAGCAAAAUUUGCUGAUCUUCACCAGAUAAUUCCUCUUGUGAAAGCUGCAGCACCAGAGAAAAUGGUUGAUCCUCAUCUUUGCUUGACGGAUGACUGCCAGCUCAUUAAUACCUCUGCAGAGUCAUCUAACAGUGAGAUGGUUUAUGGUUCUGAGGAAGACGAAAGUGAUGCACUGGCCUUUCUUUCAGCCGUAAACAAGCAUGACACAGAGCUAAUAGAAACAGUGAUGUGCCACUUUAAGGAGAAGUUUGAAAAUUUACCAGAGAAGUUUAAUUGGAUAGAAGAACAGCUUCUUCAAGAGUUUUCCCUGGAUGAUUCAUUUCCUCUUGGUGCCCCACUAUUCAUGGAGACGCCACACUCUUGUUUAGUGUAUGCAGAAAAGGAUGAACAAUGUUUUGAUGAGGAUACUGUUCCUUAUGAUCUAGAGGACGACGACGACAUCAUCUUUGAACAUAGUGGAUCUCAAUCUGACAGGAAAACAUCAGGUUCCAUGGCUUCGUCAGAUGUUCUAACUGUCAAUCAACUAAUGGAAUCUGUUCAUGAGACUGCAAGGCAAGUUGCUAAUGUUCCAGUUUCCGCCAACCCUGUACCAUACGACCAAAUGAAGAGUCAGUGUGAAGCCCUGGUCAUGGAAAAGCAACAGAAGAUGUCUGUUCUCUUGAGCUUCAAGCAUUCGAGGACUGACUCGCAUGGUUCAGCCGGUGUGGAUGGGCUCGAAACGAAUGAGUCUUCUUUGCGAUCUGAGCCAGAGUUGAGGAAGGGGCGCAUGCGCCGUUGCGAUUCAGCAUCCAGCGAAUCUGACUGUUCGUUCAGGCUGCCACCUGCUAGCCCAUACGACAAGUUCCUGAAAGCGGCUGGACGGUAGCUUGGUGCAAUUGCGUCAGCUUGGCGAAUUCUGUACACAGUACACAUGAGAGUUCAUUGCAAGUCAUUCCUCGGCACCCUCUGGUUCUCGGAAUCUAAUUCUUUCAAGUGUAUAUUUACAUUCGUCGACAAGGUGUAUAAAGUUUUGUUACUGUUGGAUGCUUUAGAAUAAACCGAAAUGUAUAGGUAAUCGCGCCUGCUCAUAUUCACACAAGUAUUUGUUCAUUUGUUGGUCGUGAAAGGAAUAUUUUUUACUCAAAUCUUGCCGUUUCUCUGUUAAAGAAUGAAUUGGUAA